AUAUAUGUAUCCCAAAAUGGAUUCCCAUUAAGCCAUAGGGAAUCAGAGGAAUUGAGUCCUUCUGACCAUAGUAAACAAGGCCAACAGAAACAAAUUAACUAAUACAAAGUUAUAGCUAGUGACUGACUUUCAAUUUUUCAAUACCUUUUUCUCCAGAUUUGUUGCUGUUUAUGGAAAAGAGUUACUUUUUAGUUAGUGUUGCAUAAAGGAGAAAACUUUUGGUCUGGGGUCAUGGAAGGUGGGGGUAGUUUCAGGAAUGGCAGUUCAUCAAUUUGGAGGAACAGUGAUGCUGAUGAGAUCUUCUCUAACUCCUUCCGCCAAGAGGAAGAUGAUGAAGAAGCUCUCAAAUGGGCAGCAAUUCAGAAACUCCCUACGUUUGCGCGUCUGAGGAAAGGCUUGUUGACUUCACCUGAAGGGGAAGCCACUGAGAUAGAGAUCAAGAAACUUGGGUUGCAAGAAAAAAGAGCUUUGCUUGAAAGGCUGGUGAAGCUUGCUGAAGAGGACAAUGAGAGGUUUUUGCUCAAGCUUAGACACAGGCUUGAUAGAGUUGGAAUUGAUCUUCCUACUAUAGAAGUUCGAUAUGAGCACUUGAACAUUGAAGCAGAAGUUCAUGUAGGAAGUAGAAAUUUGCCAACCUUCUCUAACUUCAUGGUUAAUAUAGUGGAGAGCUUGUUGAGCUCUCUUCAUGUACUUCCAAGUAAAAGACAACAUAUUAAUAUUCUCAAGGAUGUUAGUGGAAUAAUAAAGCCUUCCAGAAUGACAUUGCUUUUGGGCCCUCCAAGUUCUGGAAAAACUACACUCCUUUUGGCAUUGGCUGGAAAACUUGAUCCAAAGUUAAAGUUCACUGGAAAGGUGACUUACAAUGGUCAUGGGAUGAAUGAGUUUGUGCCCCAAAGAACUGCUGCUUAUGUUGAUCAAAAUGAUCUUCACAUGGGAGAAAUGACUGUAAGAGAAACCUUGGCCUUCUCAGCAAGAGUCCAAGGGGUUGGGCCUCGUUAUGAGUUGUUAGCAGAAUUAUCCAGAAGAGAGAAAGAGUCAAAUAUCAAGCCUGAUCCAGAUAUUGAUGUCUACAUGAAGGCUGUAGCAACUGAAGGCCAGAAGGCAAAUUUGAUUACAGAUUAUGUCCUCAGGGUUUUGGGACUUGAGGUCUGUGCUGAUACUGUUGUAGGAAAUGCCAUGUUAAGAGGUAUCUCUGGUGGACAAAAGAAACGCGUUACAACAGGGGAGAUGCUGGUUGGACCAGCUAAAGCUCUUUUCAUGGAUGAAAUAUCUACCGGUUUGGAUAGCUCAACAACUUACCAAAUUGUGAAUUCACUCAAGCAAAAUGUCCACAUUUUCAAAGGAACUGCAGUCAUCUCACUCCUCCAGCCAGCACCAGAGACUUACAACCUCUUUGAUGACAUUAUCCUACUCUCUGACAGUCACAUUGUGUACCAAGGUCCUCGCGAAAACGUGCUUGAAUUUUUUGAAUCAAUGGGUUUUCAAUGUCCUGAGAGGAAAGGAGUUGCAGACUUUUUGCAAGAAGUGACAUCAAGGAAAGAUCAGGAGCAGUACUGGGCACACAAAGAUCAACCUUAUAGAUUUGUCACAUCAGAAGAGUUUGCUGAGGCAUUGCAGACAUUUCAUGUUGGAAGAAGGCUUGGUGAUGAACUUGCUACUGAAUUUGACAAGUCUAAGAGCCACCCAGCUGCUUUGACAACUAAAAAGUAUGGAGUGGGAAAAUGGGAUCUGUUAAAAGCUUGCUUAUCAAGAGAAUAUUUACUAAUGAAGCGAAAUUCAUUUGUCUACAUUUUCAAGCUUUGCCAACUUGCUGUGAGUGCAAUGAUUGCCAUGACCAUUUUCCUCAGGACUGAGAUGCAUAGAGACUCAGUGGCUCAUGGAGGUAUAUAUGUAGGUGCACUGUUCUAUGGGGUGGUUGUGAUUAUGUUCAAUGGGAUGGCUGAGCUUUCCAUGGUUGUUUCAAGGCUUCCUGUUUUCUACAAGCAAAGGGAAUACCGUUUUUUCCCUCCAUGGGCCUAUGCUCUUCCUGCAUGGAUCCUGAAAAUCCCCAUGACUUUUGUGGAAGUGGGUGUUUGGGUAUUCCUCACAUACUAUGUCAUUGGUUUUGAUCCACAUGUUGGAAGAUUGUUUAGGCAGUACAUCCUUCUUGUACUAGUAAACCAAAUGGCUUCUGGAUUAUUCAGAUUCAUCGCAGCAGUUGGGAGAGAAAUUACAGUAGCUCUAACAUUUGGGUCUUUUGCACUUGCCAUCCUUUUUUCUAUGAGUGGUUUUGUCCUAUCAAAAGAAAAUAUAAAAAAAUGGUGGAUAUGGGCCUUCUGGAUAUCACCUAUGAUGUAUGGACAAAAUGCCAUGGUAAAUAAUGAGUUCCUUGGAGAUAAAUGGAGACAUGUUUUACCAAACUCAACUGAGCCUCUAGGAGUUGAAGUUUUGAAAUCGCGUGGGUUCUUCACUCAAUCAUACUGGUAUUGGAUAGGUGUUGGGGCCAUGGUUGGAUACACAUUGUUUUUCAACUUUGGCUAUAUCCUUGCUCUCACAUUCUUGAACCCACUAAGGAAGCAUAGGACUGUUAUAUCAGAGGAACCUCAAAGCAAUGAGCAAAAUAGUGGUAGUAAAAGAAAACAUAGCUUUUCUCAGAACUCAAAUAGAGUGAGAAAUGGUGAAAGUAUUAGUGGAAGCACCUCUCCUGGAACUUCAAUAACUAGACAAGAAGAAAUUGCUGCAGAGACCAAUCAUAACAGAAAAAGAGGAAUGGUUCUUCCUUUUGAGCCACAUUCCAUCACCUUUGAUGAAGUAACAUAUGCUGUUGACAUGCCACAGGAAAUGAGGAACCGCGGUGUCUCUGAGGAUAGGCUAGUUCUUCUGAAGGGUGUCAGUGGAGCUUUCAGACCAGGUGUUCUCACUGCACUGAUGGGUGUCACAGGUGCUGGUAAAACAACCCUGAUGGAUGUUCUUGCUGGUAGAAAAACUGGGGGCUAUAUUGGAGGAAACAUCACGGUCUCUGGGCAUCCAAAGAAGCAUGAAACAUUUGCAAGGAUUUCUGGAUACUGUGAGCAAAAUGAUAUUCAUUCUCCUCACGUUACUGUGUAUGAAUCCUUGUUCUAUUCGGCGUGGCUUCGAUUGUCCGCUGACAUUGAUGCUGAAACCAGGAAGAUGUUUAUUGAGGAAGUAAUGGAACUUGUAGAACUGAAACCAGUAAGGCAUGCAUUAGUGGGAUUGCCUGGUGUGACUGGUCUAUCAACAGAGCAAAGGAAAAGGUUGACCAUUGCAGUUGAACUUGUGGCAAAUCCUUCUAUAAUAUUCAUGGAUGAACCAACUUCUGGGCUUGAUGCAAGAGCAGCUGCCAUUGUAAUGAGAACAGUUAGGAACACAGUGGACACUGGAAGAACAGUUGUCUGUACAAUCCACCAACCUAGCAUUGAUAUAUUUGAAUCUUUUGAUGAGCUUUUUCUAAUGAAGCAAGGAGGGCAAGAGAUAUAUGUGGGGCCCCUUGGACAUCAUUCUUCCCAAUUAAUUAGUUACUUUGAGGGAAUCCAAGGUGUCAAUAAGAUUAAAGAUGGCUAUAAUCCAGCAACAUGGAUGUUGGAAGUUACUUCCGCGGCUAAAGAAACAGAAUUGGAGGUUGAUUUUGCUGAUGUAUACAAAAAUUCAGAGUUGUGCAGGAGAAACAAAGAGCUUAUUCAAGAAUUGAGUACUCCAGAUUCAGGUUCAAAAGAACUCUAUUUCCCUUCACAGUAUUCAAGGUCUUUUUUCACCCAAUUCAUGGCUUGUUUAUGGAAACAACACUGGUCUUACUGGCGCAACCCUAUAUACACUGCCAUAAGAUUUCUUUACUCAACUGCUGUGGGUGUUUUGCUGGGGAGCAUGUUUUGGAACCUUGGCUCCAACAUUAAAAAGCAACAAGAUCUAUUUAAUUCCAUGGGGUCCAUGUAUGCUGCUGUUCUUUUCAUUGGCGUCAAGAAUGCUAAUGCAGUGCAGCCAGUGGUUGCUGUUGAGAGAACAGUCUUUUAUAGAGAAAGAGCUGCUGGAAUGUAUUCAGCUUUGGCAUAUGCUUUUGCUCAGGUUCUAAUUGAGCUCCCAUAUGUUCUUUUACAAGCUAUAGUGUAUGGCUGUAUAGUUUAUGCAAUGAUUGGUUAUGAAUGGACUGUGGCUAAAUUUUUCUGGUACCUCUUCUUCAUGUAUUUCACAUUCCUGUACUUCACCUACUAUGGCAUGAUGUCAGUGGCUGUGACCCCAAACCAACACAUUUCAGCUAUAGUUUCCUCAGCAUUCUUUGCAGUGUGGAAUCUCUUCUCAGGAUUCAUAGUCCCAAGACCAAGGAUCCCAGUUUGGUGGAGGUGGUAUUCUUGGGCUAAUCCAGUGGCUUGGAGUUUGUAUGGAUUAGUAGCUUCACAGUAUGGAGAUAUAAAACACAACAUUGAAUCCAGUGAUGGAACACAAACAACAGUUGACGGCUUUGUGAGAGACUACUUUGGUUUCAAGCAUGAUUUUCUUGGAGUGGUUGCAGCUGUCAUUGUUGCAUUCCCAGUGGUUUUUGCAUUGGUCUUUGCCAUAUCAAUCAAGAUGUUUAAUUUCCAGCGGCGUUAAGAAUGCCAAUCAAAUUUUGUGAAUAUAUAGGCUAUUCCAAUAAGAAAGAUCGACAUAGCUAGCUAUAUGUAUUCUUUUAUUUAGCUAGAUAAUACAGGGUUAGUGAAAUUUGAUGUAAUCAAGGAAUGCAUAUGUUCAUUCCUUCUUUUCUUCCUCAAAUAUUAAAAGAUUUGAGUGGAGGUUUUUAUUACACACAUACUAUGCUAAAAAGUGGUUUCUGUAGCA